AUGUCGAAAUCACCCUCACUCUCAAAGAAAGCACCAUCCAAAGGAGGGAAAAAGAAUGACAAAGUUGAGAUCACUCUUCUCUCCGAUACGAUAUACUCCAGUAGUGAAUAUGAGGAAAAAGUAUUUCCAGAGUGGAAUGAGGAAGUUUUAAAACAAUUAAUGGAGAGGGAUAAACAAUUAUUGGGAGAUCCUGAAGAAGUAUCUGCUCAAACAAAUAAGAGACCUCCAUCAAAUAGUAAGAAAAAAGGGUCUACAACAGAGGAUGCAUUUAAAGAUGUUAUUGCAAAGGAUUCUAGUGAAAUAGUGUUCAACGAAAAAUGUUCGGAAUUUUCUUCUCAAGUCAAGGAAUGGAAAUCAAUCAAAUCAAAAUGGGAACCAAGGAUAUCUAGAGAUCUCUUCCCAGCCCAUCCUUACUACGAGAGGAUAAAAGCAAAAGAACCGCCAAAAUCUUCAGUUCCCGAAACUAAAUCAAAAACUAAAAAAGUUGAAGAAAAGGAACCAGUUCCUGUUCAACAAGAAUUGACUUUGGAUUGUGAUGAAGAAGAAAUUGUUGUGGAAGACUUUGAAAAAUACACCAAAGUUCUUGACAUUUCUAACAAAGGAGGGUGGACCAAGGCAUUCGUUUCAGCUCUUUACCAAAUUGAGGAAUGCAAAGAAAUGAUUCCUUUUGGAUCCUAUCUUUGGGAAAGAAUAUGGCCAAAACGACCAGGUAGUGAUGUAUUACCUGAUAUCUCACCAUGGGGAAGAUACUACAUUAAACUUCGUUACAAAGGAAAAGAAAGAAUUGUAAUAGUAGAUGAUAAGCUCCCACAUGAUGCAAAUGGUAAAAUAAUGUUUCCAAUUUCUCCCUAUGAUGAAUUCUGGCCUUCAAUAAUUUUGAAAGGAAUUAUUGCUCUUUCAAAUGGAGAAGAACAUUUGGCAUUUACAGAUCCUCUGUGGUGCUUCUCUUGCCUAUUUUCUGACUUUUCCAUGCAACCAGUUUCAUGUGAAAGUAUUCUAGAUGUAAUCUCUCCUCUGACACUUUCCCUUCAAUCACACAAGGAAUGGAAAUCUACCUUCAGUUUAGUUAAAUAUCUUUGUAGGGCACCAAUGGAUUGCGAUCAAACUAAGAGAAAACUAAUGUUUUUAAAAUGUAAAAAAGAUGUAGAUAUAGAAUCACAAGGACUUAAAAAAGAUAAUUUAUUCAGAAUUGAGGAUAUUUCUGUAUUCAAAGGUCAUACUUUACUAAGAAUUAUUUCAAAUGAUGUUGCUUGGGGUGGAAAAUACUCUUACAAGAAUUCUUCUAUUUGGACAGCAGAUUUUGAAAUUGAAAUUGGAUUCUGUUAUCAAGAUAGAAGAAUUGAAAAAAGAAUGAAAGAUUUUUGGAUUGACUUGGAAGAACUGCAAGACUACUUUGACUGCGUAUAUGUUGCACAUGAAAUUACACAAUUUAAAACAGUUGCCUUCCUUGGAAAACAUGUGACCACCACUAGCCCAAUUGUUUUCUAUGUAACAGAAACAUCUAGGUUAUUCGUACGGGUAAUGGGAAUCAAGGAUGAAGUAAAGCCAAAAGUGUCUAUUCAAAAGGCCAGUAAUUGGAAGAAACUAACUCCUAGCAAACUAAUUUAUGACUUUACAAUUUCUGGGUUUGAUAGCAUCCUCCCUGUAACUCUUCCAUGUAAAGAUGAUUUUGACAUUUUCGAAAUAAGAUUUACGAAUAUUGAGAAUCAAUAUGUCGAAUUUAUUAGCGAAAAGCCAUUAACUUUUGGUAAACAAGAAGAUAUUUAUACAACAAAACUCAGUCAAUCCAUACAAAGAACUGGUGCCUUAUCAUCUCCGACUCACAAAAAUAACGAGUGGAAAGUUUGGAGCAUAGAUCUAGAAGCAACCACUUACUCCUUAGAAACAAUAUCAGAGAAUGAUGUUUUCGAUUUAGAUGUAGCCAAGUCACUCUCUUUACAAGCUUUACCACUUCAGGGAAGAUAUUUCACAAAUCAGGAACGAGAGUUAUUUAGGUAUAGAGUUGAUUCUGGUGAGAAGGCCAACUUGGGCUUUAGGCUCCUCCUUAGUGAGAGUAUUCCUAUUAAGCUGUCUGUAUUUAAAGUUGAAAAUGAUAGUACAACAUCUUUGUUGGAAUUCCAAACAUUUGAUAAUGAAAGUGAGAUUGUAGUCUCCAACUUGGUAGUGUUUCCAAGUACUAAAACAUUAGCAAUUGGAUAUUUACUUGUCUGUGCAAUAGAUGAAGAUACAUCGUUGAGAUAUCUUGAGAGCAGACUUGAGAAUGCUGGGAUUGAAUUUCAAAAAUAUUUGAAAGAAAGGGCAAAUAACACUUCACUCACUGAUCUCAAGCUCGAAGAUGAAAGACCAGUAGUUGUUGAUACUAAGAUUGCCAAAAAGGAUGCUAAAAAACCAGCAUCAGCAAAGAAACCUGCAGCAACAACUCAAAAAGCCAAAAAGGAGCCUCCCAAGAUACCAACCAAACAAGACAAACCAGUCCUACUCGCAAGUCAAUACGUGGAAGGAUGUGAAAAUAGCUCAGCAAGUACUUUAUUCUACUCUAUGGACAUGUUUUCCACAACACCUAAUAUUAUUUUCCAGGAAGUCAACCUUAAAAAGCAAAAGAUUGACCAAAUGACAGAAGAGUGGGAAACUACAACUGCUCAACAUGCCGAUAAGGGAAAAGCAGCAAGAGAAAAGUACAUUAAGCAAAAUCUUGCUCGUAUUCUUUCUCAAAAAGAGCAUUCCCCUAGAGCCGAGCUCAAGAUUGAAAAACGAGAAGAAUCACCUUCUGAUAGAAAAGACAGAGAAGCAAAAGAGAAGGAAGAAAAUGAAAAGCUUAUUGCCCAAAUCAAAGAGAAAAGAGCUGAAAGAUCAAAAUCCUUUGAAAAGCUUGUUAAUGAAAUAACAGAGCAAAAGCUUCAAACAUUAGCCACAUCCAUGAAAGAGAGCUUUGUUGAAAAUCAAAAGCAGAUUAUUGCUUUGAAGGAACAAACUCUUGAAGAGGAAAAGAAGAAAGAAAUUGACAGAAUGAAUGAAGAGAAGAAUAAGAAGAGUCUUCCUAAUACUGCAAGAAAGCCAGCUAAAUGA